UUAGCACGUAUAAGUGUUGUACUUUUUGAACAAGUUUAAUAAAUUGUUAUUUUAUUAUUGUUAAACUUCUUGUCAAUUUUUCUGUAGUAAUUCUGAAAUUCCCUAGCGAGAUCGCUACAACCUGUUAAAAAUUGACAAUUACGCUCGAUUCUCAUGGAUCUGGGUGGCAGACAAAAAGGUUUGGAUAAAAGUUUUGACACCGACGAUGAUUCUGAUUAUGCCAUGAUAAAACGCAUCAAAAUGGAGCCUGAAGCUAUGUUGUCUCAAGAAGACGAUAUAAUGGCUCAGUUGCAACAAGAGAGUUCAGAUCUAGAAGUAGAGCCAAGCUUUGCAUUGGAAGGUACAACAAAUGGAGAGGAUUGCAAUGAAGGUGUUCUAAUGCAACACAUGGACAUAAGAGAGCCUCUGUCUACCUUGAGAAAUUUAUUAGAACAAAGACUUGGAGUUGAAUUAACCGACUAUUCUUUUUGGUUGCAAGAUGCACAGAUGUUAGAAAGUCACAAAAAUUUAGUUGAUCAGUGCGUACAAGGAGAGGGACUGGUUCAAGUAAAUGUUCAGAUAAAGGCAACGCAAAGGCGUAUUAAUAUAGUGGAUGUUUUGAAGCCUGCGGAGGAUUAUAUAGAGCUGGCAGAAAGUAGCACAUCCACAUCGGCCAACGAAGACAAUAAACGAAACGUUAUAAGAUGGAUGGUCGAUCCGCAGUAUAAAAAGGAACAGGAACGGCUAAAAAUUCCAGCCGAUCCUAAGGAAUGGACCCAGACGCACGUGAAACAUUGGCUUCAGUGGGCCGUUAGACAAUUCAACUUGGCGUCGGUAAGAUUAGUGGAUUGGAACAUUACCGGUCAACAGUUGUGUAAUCUCACCCUAGAAGAGUUUCAGGCAAAAGUGCCUCUCGAUCCGGGAGAAGUCUUUUGGACUCAUUUGGAGUUACUUCGAAAGUGUAAAUUCGUCGCCGUCGUACAAAAGGACUUGCCUACGGAAAAUAACGUGGACAAGUCCAUAAAAGUACGAAAUCAAAAAACCGCUAAAGCAAAACCGGUUCCUCUCGAAAAUAUUGAUUCCACGCCCAUUACAGUAGCCACCUCCAGUCGAACGGUUAACAGCGGCCAAAUACAAUUGUGGCAGUUUCUCUUGGAACUGUUAACUGAUCGGGAACACAGAGGCGCCAUUCAGUGGGUGGGAGCAGAGGGUGAAUUCAAGCUAAAUCAACCCGAGGCGGUCGCGCAACUUUGGGGAGCACGUAAAAACAAACCGUCGAUGAAUUAUGAAAAAUUAAGUCGCGCGUUACGGUAUUAUUACGACGGUGAUAUGAUCUCUAAGGUUCACGGGAAACGAUUUGUGUACAAAUUCGUGUGUGACCUCAAGCAGGUUUUGGGUUACUCAGCCGCCGAACUGAGUCGACUGGUCGAAGAAGGCAGACGAUAUUUUUGAUGUAAUGCUAUUCUUUUAUCGUUAUAACGACCUUCGUCAUGCUCCCAAACUAUUUUCCAUCGACCAUUGUACAUAUUCGAUAGAAAUUAUACGAUAUCAGAUGUUUAACAAAAAAAACCAGAGUAUCGAUUAUUGUUGAGACAAUCUAAUGUGCAUCGAAAUACAGACUUACGGUAAGUUCACAGAGUCGUGUCACCGGAUGUGAACAAAAAAUGCGGACACGCUAGUCAAUUGUUAAUCCCAGAAUUAAUUCUAUCGAAAUGAUGCGUAAAUAAAAUAUUAUGUUACAUCGAACAUAUGUUCGGAAAAGUUGAAAACAAAUUUUGGCGAUUGGAUUAUGUAUUAAUAUCAGCGACAGAAAUUUGAAGUUGAGUACAGAGUCAGAUUCUGAAUAAAGAAAUACUAAUAUUUUAUUAACUACACGUUUCUCACGAAAAUUGUUACCUGCUGUUUUUGUGUGAAUUUCAAUAUCUCCCUAAUUGUUUUUCGACCCGAUAUUUUUAAAUUCAACGUUUUAAAAAUAUUCGAUUUUCGUCAUUAAGCAAACAUUACGAGAAAUAUGGCCCUGUUUUGACAGAACGCCGGCACAUGUAUUUAUUUGUCUGAUGGCUCGACUGUCGACAAACUUCAGUUUUUUAUUAGUGGCCCUACAUACCAAAUAAGAAUGAGACUGAAUGACGGGGCGAGACUUUGAGAUUGAAUAUGCAAAAGAUAGUUGGGGUUGUAACAUUUUUUAUACUAGCUGAGCUUGUGUACCUCUUUAACGACAGUAAAAUUUAAUACUAUUUCUAUCUAUCAAUAAUAUCUUGGUAUUUAGUGCAUAAAUACAGACUAAUACAAAAAUGUUUACUUUUUUUAAAUUACUUACACUGUCGCUGUAAAACCAUCACCAUGGAUUCCAGAAUUAUACACUGUAGUGUAGAGUACUUCAAUGAAUAACAUUCUUUCUACAUUGUAAUUUCAAGGUUCUCAGCAGACUUCAAUAUGUAGUUACAGCACUUACCACCAGAGGAAUAUGCAAUUUCUUAACCCUGUAACUGCAAAAGUCGUAUUUAUACGUUUUCAUAGGUUCACUAAUA